AUGCCGGAUACGCUCGAUAUAGGAUCCCUCCAGAUAACCUCUGCCUCUCUUAACGGCAAUGGCAAUAGUGGCAGGGACGCAUUUGAGGGCUCUGUCCAUGCGAAUGACUCUCAAGGAAUUAGCCAUAGACAGGACGAUAUGACUGCAGCGAUAAUGAGCAAUCCGGCAGAGGCUAUGGCAAGACUUAAGCAUCUACAUGAUACGCGUGUGCCACUGGCCGAGGCCAACUCCGAGCUGCACGCCUCGAUGCGAGCGCUUGCUGACUUUGUAUGGCCGCCGGCAGAGUCCGAAGGUUCUGGCUCGAUGCUUCGCUUUGAACAUCCUAUUGUGAAAGAGCUCAUUAAACAUGGACUGUUCGAGCUUGUCCUAGACAUUACCGAAAGCGAUUACUACGAAGAGGGUCUUGACUUCGUCAUUGGGGUCACCAUCGUUUCAACGUUUCUCCUCAUCUUGCUACGAGGUUUGCAGUUUGGCCAUGUGCCGAUCGAUCAAAUCGACAACUCCAAACCUCUAUCAUAUCUCCAAGUGAAGGUGGACGGCAUCACCUGCUCAUACUUGCGAAAGACUUGGCAAGCCCGGUAUCUUUGGGGAAGCGACGGUGUCAGUGCAUCAGAAAAUUCCGUGAGGGAUGCGCGAUGGAUUAUAUCGUAUGCGAUUCCCCAAAUCCAUGUUACCCGGCUAAAACUGGCGGAUCGAGAUCUACUCCGACGCAUUGCCGGCACACUUUGGAUGACCGCCACUCCCGAUGAUCACGAUGACAUCAACAUCGCAAACAGAGCGUUUGCCGCGGCGCUCAGCGCGUUCCACGCACGCGAGUAUGGUGGAGUGAAGGGCGUGAGACCAUUCGUCGAGAGCCAACUGUGCGACGCAUACGGAGAUCUGCCCGUUCUCAAGCGCUUCACGGGCACCUAUCUUGCGUACAGAGCUCUUGGCAUGAACGAGCGCCGAUGGCUGAUACACUACACGCCAUGGAUCCUGAAUUCGGCGCGUUUCUACUCGCAUUUCAAGUCUACGGGCGUCCUGGCUGCAGUCAGAUCCGCUUAUGACUACCGUAUGGAAGAGGCCGAGAGCAAGAAUGAUCGGUAUAUGGCCUUGGAGACCAUGAACGCGCUGGCAUGGACGGCUUAUCAGGUCAUUCAGGUGGCGCCGUUCAACGACGGAAUUAUUCAGCUAGUCAAGCAGUGCGAAAUUCUAGAGGUAUUAGCAUGCUUCACCGUGGCGAGUGCUGAGCACAAGCGCCCGUUGCGCCCGAACGAGUGUCUGCCGCGGGACGUUGUCGAUGUCUUCACAGCAAUGGCCGGCGCGCUCCAUCUACGCAGCGGGAAGAACGAAUUUCGCAAGAGGUUCAAGCUCUCACUAAGACGCGAGUGGUACGGCACCUUGAGGGCUCUGCGGGACAUGCACGACCCAGGACUGCAACGCGACGAUCUUCUAGAGGGAUGGCAGGCGUUAGGCGAUGCUAUGGAUCUUGACGAGACGCGCGAAAGGCUGGAGUAUGAGCAUGAGCUCAAGCAUGCGGCGGACCGACGUUGCUCGCGGACCGCUUGCGAGUACCAUACAAAGAAGCCACCCAAGACGCGAGUUUGUGUUGGCUGUAACGAGGCCAGAUACUGCUCCAGAGUAUGCCAGCGAUCGGAUUGGAAAGAAGGCGGGCACCGCACUCGAUGUAAGAGGUUGAAAGACGUGCCAGUCGUCUUUGUUGAACUUCAGGAUAAAGCGGAGGAACGUGACGAAACUACCGACUCCAUAGAGUUGAGGCGCCCACGCCGUCGUCAGGCCCGCUGA